AUGGGUCAGCCAGGACAGUUCCUCGUCCCAAACGGGCAAAGCCAGGCACAGUCGACGUAUGACACUGGUCCCGGACCAUCGCAGCCGACAGCUGUCUACAACGUCCAUCAUGCGCCGCAACAUCGGCAGCAUCCUGCUCAGGCCCCUUUGCAGACUCUGUAUCAACAGCCCCCUGCCCCGGCUCAGUACCAGCAGCACCCUGCCCCGGCCCUGAUGCAGGCUCAGUAUCAGCCGCCUAUUCUGCAGCAUCUAGUCCAGGCUCAGCAGCCCCUCGCCCAGCCCCCUUGGCAGGCUCAGUAUCAGCAGCCUCCAACCCAGGCUCAGUAUCAACAGCCUCCAGCUCAGGUACAUUACCAGCAGCCUCCUACACAGGCUCCAUAUCAGCAAGGACCUGCCCAGACUCAGUACCAGCAGCCUCCCUCUCAGGCUCCAUACCAGCAGCCUCCAGCACUGGUGUAUCAACAACUUCCUGCAGCGCUGUACCAGCAACCUCCUGCGCCGCAAUACCAACAGCAUCCUGCACAGACUCCAUAUCAGCAACUACCCUUCCAGGCUCAGUACCAGCAGGCUCCUCUGCAGGCUCCGGUCCAACCUCCUGUCCAGGCCCCGUUGCAGCCUCCCUACCAGCAGCCUGUUGCCCAGGCUCAAUACCAGCCCCUUCUUCACCAGCCUGGGUAUCAAAGCGUCAGACUUAUCCCACACAGCCUGGACCUCAAGAGACCUCCGCCCAUCCGGGACCCCAAGGCAUUCCAGCGCAGACUGCGCUUCAGCCUGCUCCCAUCCAGCCUCCCCCUGCCCAGCCUAGGUAUCAAGCAACCGCCACGAAGGCAGUAUCCCAAGGAGUUCCAGCUCACAGUCAGACUGCGCCUGAAACUGCCUCCCGACCUGCUCCUCGAGAAACUCCCAUGCAAUCUGCUCCACUUCAGUCCGCCGAGGACUGCCUGA